CGUAUUUGUUGGACAUCACGUAAUGUCUUAGGGAAGACAAACUGUGUCAGAAAACUUCUUAAAGAGAGAAAAACUCUUGAUUAACACAGUCGGAUACAGCGUGGAUCUUCAGUCAUGUCGGAAAGCACCACAACUUCUCAAUCAAGAGUUUUGCGUGUUCUGAGAUCAGCAAAAUGCAAGAAAGGACUUCAUAUUACUGCGAUCGUGUUUGGAUUUGUUUGCAUUGGCGCUUGUUUCGUUCUCGCCAGUCUCACGUACAUUUUAUUUGGAAAUUGCGACGGUUGUGAGACGAAACCAGAAGAUCAAUCUAUGGUGAAAGUCAUGAGGAUUUUAGCGACUGUUUUAUUUCUGUUAGGAAUUCUACUUAUUGCAUUGUCAUUGUGCUGCAAGGGAACGGAAAAUAGUUUAGCACCGCAAGUCGCUGUUUCGGCGAUUCCCGCGGCGGAUUUGGAAAAAUCUCCUGCUCCCGUACUUGCUUAUAAUCAUAUUCCUCAUCGACAGGCAUUUGCUGAAGAUUCUGCCACGGGCUUGCCAGAAUUUCUGUCUGUUGUUAACAAUAUUGAUGAAGUAAGUAACUCUACUGCGAACGAGGGGUUCUGGACAGAGGAUAUAGACGGACCCGUUACUCCGCCACCAACUUACGAGGAAGCGCUUGUAAUGCGAUGGCCGACCGUCACUGUGAAGGAAAUCAACUCACAAACUUCUGAACAAACGAACUCGAUUGACACUGGACUGUGAAAACUCAGAAAUAUCCGAGUUGCAUCGAACAACAGAAAACAGACCAAAAGAUAUGCGUGUUGUGGUUAUUCGAUGAGGACUGGUUAUAAGAAUUUCACGCGGUCGUUCACUAAUUUUCCCUUACUUUUGUAAAUAGUGUAUUUAACUUGAAACGAAUUUGAUAUUAAAAAUGUUUCGCGAAUUGUUUUUUGUAUUAGCCACUUUGACAGAUGAAGCACUUUGUAGCUCGCUACGGGCUAGCACUCCUUUCCAAAUAAGAUAAUUAGUGACAUGACAUGGCAAAUAUCACGUGCGUCAAAUGUUUUGAUGAAGAAUGUUAUAUUUUAUACACUUGUUAUUAGAGAGAUCCGAAAAAAAUUGGAAUUAAAAUGUUCAACAUCAAAACUAGAUCUUUUAAUGAAAAUCCUGCACGUAUGUAAGUUUCGCACGGAAGUCAUAAAAUUACGGAUUUAUAAAAUUUCUGAAAAUUUCCAAAAAAAAUCAAAACAAUUAACAAUAUAAAUUUUCUAUACUUGUUGCAUUAACUAACUUUUAAUGUUAGAGUUGAGAAUUUUGUGGUAAAGUAGCAGGCAGCCAUAAGAAAUCAUGAUGCAUGUUCAAUCUCUGUACAUGUCGGGGAGAAACAAAAAUCCAACAAGGGAGAAACUGGCUAUUCAAAUUAUUUCAAACAUAUGAUACCUCAGGGUUAAGUGGUUUGCCUUUCAAAAUUGCUUUAAGCUAAGAACGUGACUACUUAAAUCACCUCUUUAAAUUUUUUAUACAGUGCAUUAACAACAAUCACACAGUUUAUAGCCCUGGAAAUUUAAAUAAUUCCAUUAUUCCAUUUGACGCAAAAGGAGAUUAAAAUCAAUUCAGUCAACAAAUAAUUAUUAUUCGCUAAAGACUGGAAAUAAAGCGUGCUCCACCUGCUAUUAA